UUUUGGUCGAAGAGAUUAUAAAUUGAACGAGUGAUCUGAACUCGCGAGUCUGAGCCCAGAAAGGAGUGAGGCAGGGAGAGGGAUGGGAGUUUAUUGAAAGGGCAGUUGCCUCCCUCUCAUCUGCGCAUGAUUCCUCCAUGCCCCUUCUCCAACCGCCCUUUCUUCUUUCUUCCUCGCAAGAAAGAAACUACAGAAAAGAAAAAAACAACAACACAUCCUUUUCCAUCGAUCAUGAACUCGCUCAGUGUCGGCAUCUGAAACUGCUGCUUGUACGUAGUACGCAGUAUAUUAUUAUUGUUAAGAACUGUGAAGAAGCUGUGAUGAUCAUAUGGACUUCCGUUUUUCUCCCUUUCUGGGCUACUAAUUUUGAGGCAUUUGGAGGACCCGAUCUGUAUCUUGGCGGGGCAACCCGGAAAAGGACCCGGUUGUUGCAGCCAUGGCGGUCUCGACUAUCCAUUUCCCUCGGGAGAAACAGAUCUGAACCUCUCAUAGGAGUUUUCUGUAAAUUCCAUAACAAAUUGAUAUUUUCUUGUAUGCAAUAAUAAAAGUUUUACUCUUAGGUAUAUCCUUUGAUUUUUAUGUAUAUACGGAGUAUUUGAUUUCUUCGUUUAUCAGUAGAUCUAAUACAGAGUAUUAGAUUUCUAAUACAGAGUAUUAGAUUUCUUCUUUUAUCAGUAAAUCUAAGUACUAUCCUACCAAAUUCCUUUUGAAAUUUAAGUGCAACUAUUUUUGUUCAUUUUAGCGUAAGAUGUAUUAGGUUGUUUUUACUUUGGACUGAAAUUUAGCAUUCUGGUUUGUUUAAGUUUUGUCUGAACUGGCCGGUAAAUGUGUGGGCUCUGCGUAUUUUAUAACCAUGGAAGUCGGAUCUUGUCUGUUUAAGGUCUGAUGAAGUCUGGUGUGGUUUGGAACUGAAAACAGUCCCAACAAAAACAUCCUUAAGAGUGCAGUGAGGAUUGGACAUAUAUUAUACUAAUCUUGAUGAAAUCUGACAUGUACCACCAUUAUUGCCAUAUAUCACUUAUACCAAUACCAAUUAUUUAAAAACUUAGCCGACAAAACCUGUAGCUUCAUAUUUGUUAUUUUUAAUACGUAGUAGUAGUUUUUAAAGUAAAAACAACCAACAAGAAGUUAUAACUCCAUUGUUGAAAGCUACUCGUAUAUUUUUGUGUGUUAAAUUUGAUAAUUGUUUACUCCCUCUAUCCCUUAUCUUUGUCCCAUUUUACCUUUUUCGCCCAUCCUACUAAAUUUCUUCCAUUCCAUAUUUGGUAAUAUUUGAGUAGUUACAAUUCAUUCUUACUCUAUUCACAUUUUAUAAAUUUAAUACCAAUAAUACAAAUUCACUUUUCUUAAUAUUUGCACCACUCCCUUUUGUUCCAAUGUUAGAUGGGCGGAAGUAGUAUUAUUUAUGCAGAAAAUGAGGUGAUAUUUUUGUAAGUAAAGUGAUUUUUUAGACUGCAACUUCAUUACCUGAAACAGAAAUGUGCAUAUAUUUACAUCUUUCUAAUUUGUAAUGGGAUUCCAAUAUGUAAUGGGAAUGACCAUUCUCACGAGAGAUUAACUAUAUAUAUACAAGUAUACAACCCUCAAGCCUUAUUUCCUAAAGUUUGGGGUUGGCUGACAUGGAUUGGAGAGCAAUGUAAGAUCAAUCCAGAUACACGUACACAAACAAUGAGGAUCACGGUAUAUUCAUCCUUUUGUCCUUAUUUUUCUGGGGUGAAUGACUGGAGGAUAGGGAUUGCAUAACUGGGUGAUGAUGAUAUUUAGCCCUUCCUCGUUCAUUCUCGGCAUUGAUGUGAUCCGACCCGUAUCUUGGCGGGGGCAACAAUCAUGGUUCAUGAGUGUCAUCACUCUCAUGAGCACCAUAUGUUUGCAGCCAUGGCGGAAUCGUAAAUUUGCCUGCCUGAUAACUGCUGGCUUUUCUGAACCCUUGUUUGGGUAAUCGAAACUGCUUUGAUUUUCUCCCUGAAAAUUCCUAUCAGCUUAUGAGUUGAUAACUUGAAGAUCAUUUAUUUAUUUAUUUAUUUAAGGUUCCACUACCCUUCUGAGUUCUAUUCUUAGGAUUGGUCUAAUGUUUUGGAUGAUGAGGCCUCUAUAUGAACUCUUAGACAGUCAGUGAGUUUUAAAGGGUGGUUGCUAACUGUCUUUGGUGUUCUUUUGGCUAAUAAUAAUCCUCACAUGAAUUAUUACUCUCUCAGAGUAUAUGUACACAGUAUGAGUGUGUGUGUGUGUGUAUGAAAAGGCAGUGAUGAUUCAUGCGACUAAAUUAUAAGGCAUUUUGAGAAUCCAGUCCGUAUUUUGGCGCGGCAAUCUGGGAAGCCUCAGUUAUGCAGCCAUGGCGGUUCGGUCUUCCCAUUGCCUGCUGGAAACACAGAUCUGAGCCGCAAUAGAAGAGAUACUCUUAUGAAACUGGCUUUAAAGUAUUAUCCUUAAAAAAUCAUGGGAAAACUAUCAAAUAGUACCCCGUACUAUAGUGAAAAUUUCGGUUAGCCAAAUUUUUGGGGCUGUGAUUAUUUUAUGCUCACCUAAUUUUUGGGGCAUUUUGUGGAUCCAAUCCGUAUCUUGGCAGGGCAUUUCUGGAAUGUCCUAGUUAUUGCAGCCAUGGCGUAUCGGUCUUUUCUUGGCCUCCUGGAGACACAAAUUUGAGCCUCCAGAAAGAAGUUGAUGAAGAAUAGCCCUUUUAAAAGAAUCUUCAACAAUGUUGUACAUCUCAUUAGAAAAGGAUGAGGCGCCAGAGGUGAGUUUGGUUUUUUUGGGUGGUUGCCCUCCCUCUGCUGUAGCCAAUGAUUUCCUCCAAAACAAGUAACUAACAACCCUCUCAUCUCCGAGAGAAUAGAUAUGUGCAGUAAUUUAUCAUCAUCAUCAUUAACCCCCACUUAUGGUGGGUGUAAGGGGGUCGGUUGUACGCAGCCUUACCCCUGUACUAAAGAACAGAGUGACUGUUUCUGGAUGACCCAUGGUGAAGAUCACGUAAAAAAUUGCAUGGACUGAUUGCCGCUUCCAAAUAAAGAAGCGCAGACAGUAUAAUGAGUCAUUUUGCUUUAUUUUGUCACAUUCUUAAGCAAACAAAUAGUGAGUCUUUGGCUCCAUUGCAAAUGAUGGAGUAAUUAUGUAUGUAUAUAUGUCCGAAGAGGCUGUGAUGAUUGUUUUAUGCAACUAAAUUUUGGGGUAUUUUGUGGAUCCAAUCCGUAUCUUGGCAGGGAAAAACUGGAAUGACCACCUUAUUGCAGCCAUGGCAGAUCGGUCUUCUGAUUACCUCCUGAUGACACAAAUCUGAGCCUCCGCAAAAGAGUUCAGGAAUAACAGCUCUUAAAAAAGAAUCUUUAACGAUGUAUAUUUGUUGUUUGCAGCCUUGGCUGUGUCAGUUUGUCACCAAUAUCUUAAUCUUUGUUUGCAGGCUUCUCUGUUUUUCCCUAUUUUUCUUUCCCUUGUCUUACCUGGAUGCAAAUGGACCCUGCAUCUGAGGCUGUGAUUAUUAUUGAUGAAAAAUUCAGAUUUUCAGUCUGGCUUGUAUUUUGUCGUGGCAGUUUUUUGCUUGCAGCCAUGCCAUGGAAGAUUUGUUUUAUUUUCGAUUGAUAGAGUAAAGGUUAUCCUGAGCCUCAUUUUACUUGUUUUCCUCUUUAUUGUUUCAAGAUUUAUAUAUUCAUGAAUCUUUCCCUAUAAUAUAUUUUGAAGUUGAACUUAUUGUUUUUUUUUGCAAGAAAAGUUGAACGUAGUGUUACUAGUGUAAACACCACAAUCCUCACUACUCACUAGUGUAAAGAAGAAAAUGACCAUGUUCACUUCAAAAGUACAACUAUAAUCACUACAUAGUAAAACUCAUACUACGUAUUUGUGUCCAUUAUAUCGAUAUAUUACUCAUAUAUUUGCCCUUCCUCUACUGUUGUAGUGUGGUCCAUUGAUUUCCUCCACUAUUUAAGAAUAUGUAGUCAACAACCCUCUUUAUUCUGUCAUGGUUAAUUUAUUGGGAAGGCCAAACUUACACCUUGAUGUAUAUUUGAGAUUUUAUAGAAGUGAAAGAAUAACAUAACACAUGAUCAUAUAUCAUUUCAAUUUAUAGUUUAUACAUUUGUAGACACAUUCUAUUUAUCCAGAUAUAGACUGAGGGUCCGAGGCAGAGCAUUUGAUAUUUGUGACAGUGGCAGCUUCACAAAAUGAGUCAUUAUCCGCUUUUAUGAACCUCCAUUUGGGUAAUCGAACAUUCAGUAAUUUUCACUGUCGGAAAUACUUUGAGUUGAUAACUUGUGGAGUAUUUGUUUAAACUUUCAUUACUUGACAAGUGUCUACAGCUUUGGUAAAUGAGUUAAAUGAAUCUUAGACAGGUAAAUGAGUUUUUUUUUAUGGUGGUUGCUCUCUGGUGUUUAUUAGCUAAUGACUCUUCCCCAUAAAGCAUGAUAAGUGAGAAGUUCCACAAGACAACACCCUUGGAGAACUAUGAGAAGCUAAUGGUGUGCUCCAGAGUCAUGAAUCACAAUCCUAAACUUGAAGACUCUUAAAGAGUUCUUCAAAUCUCUGUGAAAUUCCCAUUUCAAAAUACAAGUGGUCAAAUCUUAGGGAUGUUUUGGGGUCCUUGAGGGCGGUGACCCCUCUGAUAUGGAGCCAAAUUUGUAUGUUCAAAUAGAUAAACUGCCCUUCCAGUGUGCAAGUAGAGUUGGAGGAAGAAGAUAUGUUGUCUGAUCUCUUAGUUGCAAUGGUUUUCCAGUUAGCUCAAGGCAACUGAUUAUAGCAGCCUGGUGCUCCUUUUCUGAUGAAAAAGAUUUUCAAGGAAAGCUAUUCUAGAGAACGUGAAACUGUUUCCACUUACACACUUUUGGCUGGGGUUAUUAUCGGAAAGAGAUAAACAUGAGGGAGAUGAAUACACAGAUUUUUCAUAUUCUUGUUUUGGAUUUUGCUUCUUCCAGCUUCGAAGGAGUAAAAGAGAUCUGAUUUCUUUUGAUAUUGAACAAGAUUUCAGUAAUUAUUAUCCUCAAAUUAAUUGAAUGUAUAUGGCACACAUUUCUAAUAGGGAG